AUGAGAUUCACCCUUUCAUGUGCCGUUGCACUCUUGGCAACUACGGUGCUGGCCAGUCCAGUGCCCAACGAGGUUCUUGAAAAGCGAGACGAUCGAGGUCAUUACACCGUUUCUGGUCUCUGGGCGCACAAGAAGGCAAUUCUCGAUGCCGGUGGCAACACUCUCGAUCUUGCUAUUGCCAUGCUCGAGAUAGAGGAUAUGGACACUUCCCACUAUCCCUAUGGUGAUGCCAAGGCCGACGACGCAGCAAAUUUCGGUCUCUUCAAGCAGAACUGGGGCAUGCUCCGUGUCUGUGCCACGCGCUAUGGCUUUGCUGGCCAGUCCCAGUCGCAGUGGAAUAAUGGAGCAGUUCUCAACUCCAAUGUGUACGCGGACGUCGCCUCCCGCUGGGAUUGCCAGGGCUACUACGGGUAUGACAAGUGGUUUGCUGGUCACCGCAAUGGUGCCAGCGGCCUUCAGGAUCCUUAUACCAAGGACAUUGCCAACUAUAAGGAGGCUGUCCAGUGGAUUCAGCAGCAGAUCGACAGCAACAGCGGGUACAAGUAUGACGAUACCCGCUUCUGGGUUAACAUUCCUCCCAUCUAG